GAUGGCUUCGUUUGGCUGGAAGAGGAAAGUAGGCGAGAAGGUUUCAAAGUCGGCGGUGAAGACCUUCGAGGCUGAGGAAGAGAAGCAGAAGGCUGGAGAUGUUGGACCGGGUCAGGAUGAGGAGGAGGAGGUGGACUGGCUGCACGCCAUCAAACGACGGCGGGAGAUCCUGCUGGAGGACUGUGCAGCCAAGAGCAAGAGGCUGAAGGAUGAGGGUGCACUGCUGGCUGAGCAAGGCAGGCACUGGGAGGCCGUAAAGAAGUGGGACGAUGCCAUUCAGCUGACUCCAGACAACCCAGAACUCUAUGAGAUGAAAUCACAGGUGCUGACCAUUCUGCAGGAGGUGUUCCCAGCGGUGAAGACGGCGGAGAUGGCGGUGAAGCUCCGCCCCCUGUGGUGGGAGGGCUGGCAGACUCUGGGCCGCGCCCAACUCAACCUUGGAGAGGUGGAGCUGGCUGUUAAGUCCUUCCAGGUUGCAAUCCACCUGUGUCCAUCAGAGCCAACGCUGUGGCAGGAAGACCUGGCCUGGGCACGGAGGUUACAGAAGCAGCACUUAGCGACGAAGGAGAAAAUGCGUCAAGAGGAGGAGACCAAACAGCAGAUCCUUAAUGCCCCUGAGCUUGAGCAGGACUUCGAUUUUGAGUCAGAUGAGGUUCUGGCUGCGUGCGAGGCUGUUGCUGAGCGACAGACACGUUAUGAGGAGCUGAAGCGGACCGCCGUGGUCAUAGACUCUGAGGGAAAUAUAAAAAAUGUUCUUGCCGGAGAAGGGGGAUCUGAGGACCCAGAGACCCCCACAGAGGAACAGUUUGUCAAAGCGAGAGGACUUUGAACUGGUCUUGGAUUUGAAUGGAUUGUGUUGAUUACACUUUUCAAGUCUGGAUUGUGUUACUUUAGAAACCACCAAGGAUUAAAAACAAGCAUAUCCAGAAGCAGACAUGAGAACUGAAGCAAAACAUGUGAUUUGGGUGCAACUGAAUAAAAGACUAUUUAGUUUCAAUAACUUUUUUGUAUUUUCCAUCCUUUAUAAAAAUCAAUUACUUUAAUGACAUUAUUUGGAUGAGUUUUGAGAACAGACUUUACCAAUCGGGAUGAUACUCGAGCAAAACCAGCCAGAUCAUAUGAUGAAUCCAUUCUGGGUUUUAAAGUUUAGCACAUAAAUCACAUGAAGUGCUCACAGAUGGCGGAUACAAAAGAAAACACGCUGUGGCAUUUAAGCUAUAGAGUGCUUUUUGUUUUUCUUUUGAACAACACAACAGUAGUUUAACCUCAUUAUGUCCAAAACAGUCAAAUGUGUAUCAACCAAUAAUACAAAAGGUCUUGCUGGAUUUGAAGACAAAGGCGUAGACACGCUGCUGCGUCUUUGUAGGAACCACAUAUGGUUGCUCUUUAGAUACUUUUAAGUUUGCUUCAUCCAUCUUGCGAAGGGGAUAAUGAUGAAUUGCGUUGCAUCAAAAAAAUGCUAACUGAAACUGUGCUUCAAAAAAAAAAAAAAAAAAAAAGACACUCUGUAGGAUCUGACCUUUUAUUUAACAUUUGGAAAUAGUCGACAUGUUGUGACUAGAUGACGUCUUCAUCAGGGCCAUUUGUCAGCAGUGGAUUGAAGACACAUGUUGAGUUGCAAUAAUCAGUUGAGCGGAGGGUUCAUACCUUAAAUGUUCCAGCCUAUUGGUUUAAAAUGAAAUAAAAAAAGAAUCUAAAGGGAAUUGGAAGAGGGAAAAUGUGUCUCAAGAGGGAAACAAACCUACAAUAAAUAUAUAUUUUUUUAUGAAUGUAAACAAUGUUGUUAUCCCUUCUCAAGGUGAAUUAAAUAAAAAAAAUGUGCUGGUGA